AUUUACUCAACUCUUGACCAACUCUUAACAUAGUAGCGUAGCCGCUUACCCUUCCGCUAAUUUUACUUUCAGCCUGCCCUAAGAAUGGAGAAAGAGCCUUUGGAGGUUACUUCCCCUUCAAUAUCCUACAGAGUCCUACAAAUUCCAAGGUUGCUAUUCCUCGGAUUGCGUGCUCCCAGUUACAGAACGCAGCCUACCAUGCUAAGAGAGCAUGCCUGGGAUGCAGACGGAAAAAGGCUAAAUAUGACAGUCACCAACCAUGUUGUUAAUGUAUCCUUUUCAAUGCCGCUUGCGAGUACGCCAAGGGGAAGGAAGACAGAAUUAAAAGAACUUAAAGAAUAAAUUGAUGUGUACAACCAGUUGCUGCGGCGGUUACGAUUCAAGGUAGAUGUUCACAACCGAGAGGUGAUUGAUAGGGUUCUCAACCAGGUAGGCAUAUCCCUUCAAUCAUCAUAUGCAAUAAUGCCC